AUGAAUGAAUGCCACUAUGAUAACAUGGACUUCUUCUAUAACAUGAGCAAUACAGCCACAGCAGAUGAGUGGACAGGGACUACUCUCGUCAUUGUGCUAUGUUUCGGGGCCUUCUUUUGCCUCUUCAUUUUCAUCUCCAAUUCACUGGUCAUAGCCGCUGUGGUCAAAAACAAGAAGUUCCACUUCCCUUUCUACUACCUGCUCGCCAACCUAGCAGCUGCGGACUUUUUUGCAGGCAUCGCUUAUGUAUUCUUGAUGUUCAACACCGGCCCAGUCUCCAAAACGUUAACUGUUAACAGGUGGUUUUUGCGACAGGGACUUCUGGACACGAGCCUGACGGCUUCUCUGGCCAACUUGCUAGUAAUUGCUGUUGAGCGCCACAUGUCUGUUGUUCGGAUGAGGGUCCACAGCAACCUCACAAAGAAGAGGGUCACCCUUUUCAUUUUGCUGAUCUGGGCCAUAGCUAUUUUCAUGGGCGCUGUGCCCACCUUGGGCUGGAACUGCCUCUGUGACAUCUCAACCUGCUCUUCACUGGCUCCUAUUUACAGCAGGAGUUACUUGAUAUUUUGGACCGUCUCCAACCUGGGGGUUUUCUUCAUCAUGGUGGUGGUGUACAUAAGAAUCUACAUGUACGUCCAGAGGAAAACAAAUGUUUUAUCUCCGCACACGAGUGGAUCCAUCAGCCGCAGGAGGACUCCAAUGAAACUCAUGAAGACAGUCAUGGCGGUCUUAGGUGCCUUUGUUGUGUGCUGGACUCCUGGCCUUGUCGUCCUUCUUCUCGACGGCUUGAACUGCACUCGUUGUGAGGUACAGAAUGUGAAGCGGUGGUUCCUCCUCCUGGCCCUUCUGAACUCUGUCAUGAACCCCAUCAUUUACUCGUACAAAGACGACGAGAUGUCGAGCACGAUGAGGCGCAUGAUCUGCUGCUCUUUUGAGGAGAGGCCUGAGCGUCGGUCUUCGCGGAUCCCCUCCACAGUGCUCAACAGGAGUAUGGAUAGUCAAUACUUAGAAAAUGGCAUCACCCAAGGAACGAUCAGUGGCAAAGGAGACACCUGAGCCACACUCUCUCGUUCUUCUCCUUAAGAAGUGGACUAGGGCUUGUGCAGCGGAUGCAAGCGGACCGAGCACUGAACCAGCCGAGUUCAUUAAAUCCCGAUACAGCAGAAGUAAAUAUUCUGUGUGCCAGGAAACCCAAAUCCCAGGGUGACCUGACAUCAUUGUAAAUAAUUAUUGGAUGAGAGGGGGGGGGGAAUGUGCUGGAAGGGAUGAAGAAGAAUAGAAGGAGCGGAGUUAUUCUGCAGUGUGUGUUUUUAAGUUGGAAAACUGUACAACCAGCAUGGUGGAGUCCUCAUUCUUUAGAGGCCGAGUUACCACUGUGUCUGGCAUAUACCACUACAGACUGCUGAGAUGAGGCUGGUUCUCACAUCUAAAUGCUUAUCUAUCUAUAUCUAUUAUCUAUCAUCUAUCUAUCUAUCUAUC